AUGGGAGCCAAGCGGCGCGGCGCGGCGGGCGGCCGUAGCGGGGAGAAGCGCGGGCGGCGAGAGGUUGCCGCCGAGCUGUGUGCUGCCCUCGGCGACGCGGCGCUACAGGAGCGGGCGGCAGCGGCUUGGGACGGCGGAGAGCCGCUCCGACACGAGGCCGUGGUGGUGGAGCAGGCCCCGUUCCGGCAUGGCGUGGUGCGCGGCCUCCUGGCUAGCCCAGCCUUCGCGGCGGCGUUGGGCGACGAGCUGCUGUGCCUGGGCUUCCGAGAGCGGCGGAACGACUUGCUGUCCUUGCGGCAGUCCGAGGAGCUGGGGGCCAGGCCGGAGCCCCACGUCAGUGCACUGAGGCGGGCGCUGAGCGGGACCCUGCGGGUGUGGCUGGAGGCUGUCACCCACAUCGAGCUGGAGCCUUCCAUCGACAUCUCCUGCGCCAAGUAUGAGAGCACAGAUGUACUGCUGUGCCACGAUGAUGAGCUGGAAGGCCGGAGAAUUGCUUUCAUCCUGUACCUCGUGCCGCCCUGGGAGAAAAGCGAUGGGGGGACGCUGGACCUCUUUAGCACAGAUGAACACUUUCAGCCACAGCAAGUCAUGAAGUCAUUGAUGCCUUCGUGGAACACACUGGUUUUCUUUGAAGUGUCUCCAGUCUCUUUCCACCAGGUGUCAGAGAUUCUGUCGGAGGAGAAGUGCCGCCUGUCGGUGAGCGGCUGGUUUCACGGCCCCCCAGUGGAGCGCCCUGCACGCUACCUUGAAGCUCCCUUGCCCAGGAGCCCACAUGUCCCUUAUGACCAUGAAAUCUUGUAUGAGUGGGUCAAUGUAGUUUAUUUGGACAUGGACUCCCAAGCUCAAAUCCAGGAGGAAUUUGAGGAGCGAUCAGAAAUUCUCCUGAAGGAUUUUCUUAAGAAAGAGAAAUUUCAACUUCUGUGCGAAGCUUUGGAGAACAAAGACAUCCAGUGGAGCAGUCGGGGGCCUCCCAAUAAAAGGCUCUAUGAAACAGCAGAGGAAGACAGCCUCCCUGACAUCCUGAAGAACUUCCUGCAGUUCUUGCGCUCAGAGGCACUGUUUUUAUUGCUUUCCAACUUCACUGGUCUAAAGCUGCACUUCCUGGCCCCCUCAGAUGAGGAUGCUGGGGAAGGAAAAGCAGCAGACAGUGCUGGGCACAGCAGUUCCAAAACCGAGGAGGAAGAGACUGAACAGCGCGCUGAUAGCAGUACCCGUCAGCCAGACCAGCCUGACAACAUCUCUGAGGCACAAGACAGUGAGACACUGAAUGGGUCGAGUACCCCGAUGUGUGCAGGGGAGCUGCGGCGCUGGACCAAGGGGCACUAUACUCUAGUCCAUGACAAUCAAGCAACUGAAUUUGCUCUUGACCUGCUCUUCUACUGUGGCUGUGAAGACUGGGAUCCAGAGUAUGGUGGCUUUACUUCCUACAUUGCUAAAGGUGAAGAUGAAGAGCUGUUGACUGUGAAUCCAGAGGACAACUGCUUGGCCCUGGUAUACAGAGACAAAGAAACGAUGAAGUUUGUGAAAUACAUCAAUCAUCGCAGCUUGGCACGCCUGAAAAAGCACCCGAGCAGAAGAGGAUUUUGGGAUUUCUCAUUUGUCUAUUAUGAGUGAUGGCACAGUGGCCAUCACACACUGAAAAUGGUGGUGGUGGCUUUGGGGCAGGGCUGUGUGCAAGUGUUCAGCUGGGCCUGCCUGAGCCCAACCUUCCUGAUGCUAACUUGAUCAUGCUGUAUGUGAACUAUUCCCUAUUUAGGGGGCCCAGUGACUUUUUUAUUAAGUGGAAAUCAUGUCUCCUCCUGACUUGGUUGCACUCUUAGCCACUCGUAAUGGUACAUGGAGGGUGCCAGCCCCGUGUGACUGACGGCUUCCCAGCCCUUCUCUUGUGGAAGUGAGAUGUGUGGGAUGAGUCUCUCCUCUGGAAGGGUGAAAACUACAAGCGCGCAUGGCCCCAAGUUAAUGACUCCUGUGUUGUUUUUGUUUUUUAAUAAGAGGUCAGUUAAAUCCUUCAAACUGUAGUUGAGCAAGUUCUGUUACAAAAUACGCAGGGCAUUUUCUGGAAUUUAAGUGUGUUCACCUUUUGUAGUGGCAGAAAUAAAGGAGCUGCCCAGGGAAAUAGGUGUACAGCUCUGUGGAAUCAUGAAGGAAGAAAGUCAGGCUGUAAAGCUGCUGGCAUUGGCAGCCUGGCCUUGGCACUCUAACAGGAGCAUGACUUCAUUAUGCUAAAUGCUGUGCAGACAAACCCAGAUGGAGCCCUUACUCCUGUGAGUUUACAAGUUAAGCAGUAGAUGAAAGAAGAGACCUGCUCCUAUAUUCUUUGUCUAUACUUGAACAGCUCUGUGCUUCAAAUCUGAAAGAGCUGUGGCUGCAGUCUCAGAUCAGGAGAGGCUGGGCUGGUAGCAGGAACUGCCAACUUGCCUCUUUUGGCUCAUUCUCCACAGCAGGAGGGCUGCCAACAGCGCAUCCUCUUGUCCAUUUCCAGCUCUGUCCUGCAGUCUGCUGGGCUCCGGCGUGGCUUCUGUCACUGCAAAUGGGCUGCUCAGAUCCUUCCAGCUAACAGGUAUCAAAGGAAGAUGGCCAGCUGGACAGUAAGCACCAUGCUGUAGGCUUGGCCCUGGCAUGCAUGCACUUGCCUAAAAUUUUUCUGCACUCAGGAGAAACACAGGUGUACUUUCAGAUCACCCAAGCUGGCCACUGGGUUUGCAGCACACUGGGAAUUGUAUGCAUUUUCAUUUCCUCCUGCCUUUUUUUGGUCCCAGAGGGUGAGCUGCUCACAGCCUGCCACCACACCGGUUCCAGGUGCAAUGUCACUGGCAACAGAGGUGGUGUGAGAGCACAGCCAGCAGCAGAGCACCAGCAAGCUCCAAGUAAGGCAAGUUGUGUUGGCACAGGCAUUGGGGCAUGACUUCAUGACUGCCUUCUGAAACGGAUUAGGAAGCACGUAGGCUUGGGAGAUCUACGUGAUCUUGUUCAUUCUGCCUUGUUUCCCUAAGCUGGCUUCUCUGUGUGCUGCAGACUUUCCUGCACUCUUUUAACAUUCCUUUGCUGUUCUAAGCUGCUUACAAAGACAAGGGGAUGAACCUAGAAACAUGCUGCAAAGAGUGUAGAACUCUUUAUGAAUUACUAAUUUAAGUUAAUUUCUGAAGCACUCUCCUCCCAUUGUGAGCAACAGCUUUUAGGGGACAAAAACCCUUAACUCUGAGCUGCUACAGCAGAAAAAUCCCAGUCACUGGAGUUCUCAAAAUCAAAAAUGUUUGGGUGGUUUCAAAGAAAGGUUACAGAUAGCACAGCCACUCAUGGUACAGUCACCUAGGCAAAGCUGGGAGUAAGUUAAUAAACAAAAAGAAACAGCAUGUUCUUCUGCA